AGCAGCGAGACAGACAAAAAGACAUUUGCUAGCAGGCCACUCCUGCCCCAUAUCGCCAUCAUGAGGAACAGGGCUACGCAGUAUCUGAGCAAGCCGAAAGUCCGACAAUCAUGGAGCAAGUGGAACUUGUAUAAUAUGAUGCGGUUCAGGAUCAAGAGUCCCUUGGCCCGAACUCAUUUCCAGCAGAAAUGGGAUGCCAAAUCGAUAACACGUGGCUACCAUGGCGAGCAAGUCCCUGAGAAGCAAUGGGCGCGCAUGUUUUCUCCCCGCAUUCGCAGCGUGGUGCCCAUGGAUACCUACAACUUGGCUGCGGAUGAUGGUUCUAAGUGGUCUGCUGGUCGUGGUCAGGGUGUCCAUCAGACCAGAAGCGAAUUAAACAGACUGAAUUCUCCGCCCUUUGGACAAGCGACGUAUGCUCCGCUAGAACGCCGACUGGACGUGGCCGUCUUCCGCGCCAUGUUUGCCAGCAGUGCCAGACAGGCGCGCCAAUUUGUGAUUCAUGGGGCGGUUACAGUCAAUGGCAAGAAGAUGAGAUACCCCGGUUAUCUGCUCAACCCUGGCGACCUUUUCCAAGUCGAACCCGAACGUGUCAUGUUUGCCACCGGUGCCCCGAAGGACAAGUACGAACGCCGCGCCGCCCGCGUUGCUCAGAAGCAAAAGGCAGAAACCACCGAGGAGGGAGAGGCCGCAGCGGAGGAGUCCAAGGAAGAGGAAGAGGGAGAGGCCAAGGAGAAGCAGCAGGAGGAACUGUCCCCGCGUGAGACAUUGAAGGUGUUGCUGUCCCAGGCCAAGAACGUCAUGUCCGACAACAAGGCUGUGCUCCCCGCCAAGCGCAAGCAGGAACUGCGUGGGUUCCAGAAGGCCGUCCGUCGUGUGCUGUCUCGGUCCGAAUCAAGCACCGUCCUGACCGACAACCUGGAGGCCCAAUUUUCCGAGCUGACUCUGCUGCUCAAGGCCAAGAAGGCAGAGAAGGAGACAAAGAAGGAAAACAAGGAGAAGGAGGCUACACCUGCUAAAUCCUCAGAAGCCGUUGCCGAAGCCACGCCGGAAGAGGCCACCAAGGCCGCCUCCGAGGCGGACAGCGAAGCGCAGCCAGGCGACAAGCUGUCCGAGGCGUUCCGCCAGGCUGCCGAGAACCCGGAAGAAGAGGUGGAUACGUCUGAGCUGUCGGACGAGGAGUUCGAAGUUCUCCGCCGUGCACUGGUCCAGAUGCGUGAUAACCCGAUCGACCACUCGAAGCCGUACGCUACGCCCUGGCGGCCACGAGACUACAUGAACGUCUUUGCGACGAUCCCGCGGUACCUGGAGGUGCACCCUAAGGCGUGCGCGGCCGUGUAUCUGCGACACCCGGUGGUUCGUCCGGGCUUCUCGGAGGUGCCUUCACCCUUCGCGGCAGGGACGGGCGAGCUGGCGUUCUCCUGGUACCUGAGACGGCGGUAGACGGAUGAAAUUCAUGUAGUAAUUAGUGUCGUUGUCUGUUUGGUUUGCGUUUCUCUUCGCUGUUCUGCGGGCAUGUUCCACAGUCUUGUUGUAUUACUGGGUCGCUGGUAUGGUUGUUUGUUAGAUCUCCUGCAUUGGGGCCACCGUCAUAUUGCGCCGGUGUUGGAGCUGGAUGAGCACAAUGUAAAUCACCAAUGAAAUAUAUCCUCUUUC